AUGUUUAUAGAUAAGGGAUACAAUGGAGAACAAAUCAAACCUGGAAUGAUCCCAUCAUCAAUCACUCAUCUUUCAUUCAAUGAUAACUUCUACAGUCUGAUACAGGUUGGCUCACUACCUGACUCAUUGACCAAGCUCAAACUAGGAAAUGGCUUCAAUCAACCGAUCGACGGCAUCUUUGAUCACCUAACGUCACUCGUGUCUUUGAGGCUAGGCUCAGGCUUCAAUCACACAAUCAUUCCCGGUCACUUGCCCCAAUCACUCACUCGUCUCAAGAUAGGACCGUGCUCCACGCCCCUGCGCCACGAGCCUGGCGCGCUACCUCCUGCACUCACAAUCCUGCUCAAUGGACACGUCUCUGCCACCCAGUCACUGCCCAUGACCAUCACACAUCUGAGCUUCCAAUCAUACUUCAACAACAUCAUCGAGCCUGGCAUGCUCCCAAUGAUGCUGACCACAUUGCAAUUUGGACAAUACUACAACAAGGGACUCCUUCCAGAUGCCAUACCAUCCAGCGUCACCUCAAUAGUGUUUGGAGACUAUUUCAACUGCGUCCUGCAUCCUAAAGUGCUCCCUAAUGCACUCACAUCAUUAAGGUUCGGGACAUUAUAUGAUAAGUCUAUUCCCACUCACAUACUCCCUGCAUCUUUGCGUUUCCUGGAGUUUGGACUCAACUUUAAUCGACCCUUGACGCAUGGUACAUUCCCCAGCAAUAGCCAACUUCAUACAUUGAUCUUUGGUGAUCAGUUCAAAUGCCAGUUUGAGCCAGACGUGCUGCCCAUGUCACUUACAAAGCUCAAGUUUGCAUACUUUUACAAUCAAGAAUGGUUACCAGGGUCAUUCCCAUCAUCGUUGCUUUGGCUACACACUGGAGAAUGGUUCAACAAGGAGGUCGUAGAGGUUGGAUUCCCGCCCGCGUUGACUGAUCUGACCUUGGGAAGUUGCUUCAACAAACGAAUCAAGAAGAAGUCGCUACCACAAUCAAUCACUCGUUUGACCAUUGGUGCUGGCUUCAACAAGCCCCUAACAUUACGACACUUACCAUCAUCACUUACCGAACUCAUAUCUAACAAGAAGUAUCUUCAAAUUGCCAUGUAUCCCAAACAUAUUGACCUGAGGCUGAGCCCCGGCCCAGGUCCAGGACUCGACCAAAGUCCAAGAAGUCCAACUCCAACUCCAACUCCAAGUCCACCACAUCAACGGCUAGUUAACAAGAUUAAGAAGCUUCAACUACAGGUGUCAAUGUUUACAAAAGUGGAUGAGUUCAUGGAUCAGAUGUUUGAGAUGAUACCAGAGGUGGAGAUGUAUGAGGUGGUGUAUCAUCACGCUGCACUACCAGAGUAUAUACACAAUCUACGUCUACUGGAUAAUGAUCGAUCAUUUGGAAUUUGUUGUUCAACCUACGUUGGUCCCUCACCAGAACAACAUCUACAACAACAUCAAUCAAUCACCAAUGUUAUGUUCUUCAACCGAAAGGAUCUCAAACUACUACGAUACACAUUGUUAGACUUGGCAACAUACAAGUCCAAGCCCAAGCCCAUGUUCCAGGCC